AGAACAGAAAAUUUAUACCUCAAGACCUUCCCCAAAUCCCCAAUCCUCCUCUCCACCUCUCCACCCAGAUUUUGUCUCCUCCUUCCGCCUGCUCUCCUCUCCUCUCCGGCCACGUCCAGGCUUGAUCCACUUACUCCUAAUCGGGGAACUGCUACGCCGCCGCUGGGCCGGCCAGAUCGCCGGUAAAGCUUCGGCUCCUCCUGGUUGGAGACCGGCGAAAUGGUUUAUCACUCUAGUUUCAUUGAUGAUGAUAGCAUCACCAAAGCUUGUGGCUGUCCUUUGCUUCCGCUAAAAACUCAUAUAAAGGGUCCAGCCCCCACCUCAGACCCAGAUAAAGCGGACAUAGUUGAUGAAGCCAUAACUUUCUUUCGAGCAAAUGUUUUCUUCAAAAACUUCCAUGUGAAAAGCCCAGCAGACAAGUUACUGAUCUAUCUGACAUUUUACAUCAAUAUUGCCCUGAAAAGAUUAGAAGGCUGCAGGACGCUAGCUGUUGGGACCAAGGCCAUCAUUAAUCUGGGCUUGGAGAAAGUUCCUGUGCCUGGGGAACCAGGGUUUCCUUUCCCUGGACUUUUCACUCUUCCCGUAUCCCAGGAGGAAGCAGAACUGUUGAGGAAUUAUUUGAAGCAGAUAAGGGAGGAAACAAGUGGAAGACUGCUCAGCUGUGCAUACAGAGCUAAUGGCUUUCCAAACAAAUGGUGGUUGGCAUUUGCGAAGAGGAAGUUCAUGAACAUUGUCAUCCUUUAGACGACAUAGGUAUUUUCAGCAACAGGUUAGAGUUAUUUGUAGAAAUCCUGGUAUCUCUUAUGAUUAUGUGAAGGAAAACAAAGAAUCAUCCAACAUCUGGAGUGAGAAGCCAAAGUUCUUUAUGGAAGGAUAGAUAGGAUGCCAUAAACUUAAUUAUCUGCUGCAAAUUUGCGAUGGAUGAAGUGAAAACAUAAGCUGUCAUGUUGUCUUUGCCUAUUUCCCC